UUAGUCUCUGUCGGCCGGGGGCAGGGCUCCGUCCCGCAGCCAUUCUCAGAGAUGGCGGCGAUUUUACUGCCGGGUGUCGCCAGAAGAGGCCUCACGUGGAUAAUCGCAGGGGCCCCACGGCGAGAAUUUUGGUCUCGGUCCAGAGAAGAGACAAAGCCAGUGGUAGCUGAGACAGUAGAAGAGUUGAAGAAAGAACCUAUCCUGGUAUGUCCACCCUUACGGAGCCGAACAUACGUACCACCUGAAGAUCUCCAGAGUCGUUUGGAAUCUCAUGUCAAAGAAACUUUUGGGUCAUCUGCUCCUAGCAAUUGGCAGGACAUCUCCCUGGAAGAUGGUCAUCUGAAGUUCAGUUUCUUGGCACGUUUAGCUGAUGACUUGGGCCAUGCGGUGCCUAACUCCAGGCUUCAUGAGAUGAGCAGGAUCAGAGAUGUUCUUGAGUUCUAUAAGUUGCCUGUUCGAGACGGAUCUAAAUUUGAUGAACUUGUUGCCAGUAAUCUGCCUCCCAAUUUAAAAAUCACUUGGGGUUACUGAGCGAUUCAGAAGGGGGCACACUGAAGUCAUUUUUUCCCACUGAACAAGGAGGCUGCUUGUCAGACUCAUGCUUUCCCAUGUGAAAUACUAUCAGAACUUUUUUCUAAAACCAUGUUUCCUAUGGAAGGAAGCAUAUAUUUUUCUCAUAGCAUCAUGAAUUGACAAAUAACAGGAUUUUCUUUUUUCCACAUUUGCGGAAACUUUUUUUAAUGGAAUCAGGUCAUUAAUAAUUUAUGAAAGUUUUCUUCAGCCGAGGACUCUGUAAUUAAUUUUGGUUUAAGAUACAAGGCUAUUACAUGUUCAAACAUAGUCUUUAUAGGCAAGAAAACAUUUUAAUCCUGUUAGUAAUCUUAAAUGUAAAGUAAUCUAUG